AUGCAGACCAGUUAUGAGAGGCUCUGCCCCUGCCUGCCGCAUAAAGUAGACGCCAUGGAAGUGGUGCUGCUCCUUCUGUGCGGCCUCCUGGCCCCAGCGGUCCUGGCCAGUGCAGCUGAGCAGGAGAAAGAAAAGGACCCUUUUCACUACGACUACCAGACCCUGAGAAUUGGGGGGUUGGUGUUUGCCGUGGUCCUCUUCUCGGUGGGGAUCCUGCUUAUCCUCAGUCGCCGAUGCAAGUGCAGUUUCAAUCAGAAGCCGCGGGCUCCUGGGGAUGAGGAGGCUCAGGUGGAGAACCUCGUCACUGCAAAUGCCACGGAGCCCCAGAAAGCAGAGAACUGA